GGGGUCCAGGUAAGGGAGAAGAGGGAGAAAAGGAGGGGAGACUAACGGCCGGACGGAGCAGAAGCUAGGGUCGCUGCGGAGGUGCAGCCACCUCUACCCACACCGCGUGGCGGGACCCCGGGCACAGCCGCGGGCCAGGCAGGCGCUGGAACGGGCACGGGGACGCUCCCCAAGCCGGCCGCCAGAGGGCGCGACCGGAGCCGGCGCGGCGGAGCCCGAGGAGGGAGGAGGGGAGCCGGCGGAGAAGGGUCAGCCGCGGCGGCAGGGGCGGCAGCGGUAGCGGCGCAGCUCCGCUCCCCGCGCGUCUCCCGUCCCCGCGCUCCAGCAGGGCGCACGGUCCCCGCCGCCGGGAUGCUGCCGCCCGCCGGCCGCGGCCGCCGCCGCCUCGCACUCCCGGCGCUGCUCUCGCUCCUCACCUGCUCCCUGGCUUUUGCUUUGGUUUCUGAAGAUACAAAGAAAGAGGUCAAGCAAUCUAAGAAUUUGGAGAAAGGUGGUAUCUCAAGGAAGAGUGACGUAGAUUUAAAAGGAAUUGUAUUUGUCAUCCAGAGUCAAAGUAAUUCUUUUCAUGCAAAGAGAGCAGAACAGUUAAAACAAAGCAUCUUAAAGCAAGCGGCAAAUCUUACACAGGAACUCCCAAGAGUCCUCCUUCUUCAUCAGAUGUCUAAGCAGGAGGGUGCAUGGACCAUACUUCCGUUGUUACCACACUUUUCUGUAACGUAUAGCAGAAAUUCAUCAUGGAUUUUCUUCUGUGAAGAAGAGACAAGAAUACAAAUUCCAGAACUCUUAGAAACACUCAGAAGAUAUGACCCAUCCAAGGAAUGGUUUUUAGGAAAAGCAUUACAUGAUGAAGAAUCUACAAUAAUUCACCAUUAUGCCUUUUCUGAAAAUCCUACCGUUUUUAAAUAUCCAGACUUCGCUGCUGGCUGGGCUCUUAGUAUUCCACUUGUAAACAAGCUUACCAAGAGGUUAAGGAGUGAAUCCCUGAAAUCUGACUUCACGAUAGAUUUAAAACAUGAGAUUGCCCUCUACAUCUGGGACAAAGGGGAUGGGCGUCCCCUCACUUCAGUGCCCGAGUUUUGUACAGAUGCUGUGAAUGCCUACUGUGCUACCACGUUCCAUUCUUUCCUACCACUUUGUGGACAUCCAGUGAAGAAAGAGGAUAUAUUUUUCGCAGUAAAAACAUGCAAGAAAUUUCAUGGUGAUAGAAUCCCCAUUGUAAAGCAGACCUGGGCAGGACAGGCAAGUCUCAUUGAAUACUACAGUGAUCACGCAGAAAGUUCUAUUCCUACGGUAGAUCUGGGGAUUCCUAAUACAGAUAGAGGUCAUUGUGGAAAGACAUUUGCCAUUUUGGAAAGAUUUUUGAAUCACAGCCAUGACAAAAUAGCAUGGUUAGUCAUUGUGGAUGAUGACACAUUAAUAAGCAUCUCCAGGCUCCAGCACUUGCUUAGCUGUUACGACUCCAGCGAACCGCUGUUUCUGGGAGAGCGUUACGGCUACGGCCUGGGCACUGGAGGCUACAGCUACGUCACGGGAGGAGGAGGAAUGGUCUUCAGCAGAGAAGCAAUCAGGAGACUUCUCGCCAGUAAGUGUCGCUGCUACAGCAAUGAUGCCCCCGAUGAUAUGGUCCUGGGAAUGUGCUUUAGUGGGUUGGGAAUCCCUGUGACACACAGCCCUCUCUUCCAUCAGGCCCGGCCCGUGGAUUAUCCUAGGGACUACCUUUCUCACCAAAUUCCCAUAUCUUUUCAUAAACACUGGAACAUCGAUCCGGUAAAGGUAUAUUUCACGUGGUUGGCACCCAGUGAGGAAGACAAAGCCAGGCAGGAGACACAGAAAGGCUUUAAGGAAGAGUUAUAAAGCGUGCUGGCCUAUGAGCACAGUUUGGUUACGAGACCGGAGUGGAGGCUGGCAUCGUCCUGCGAGCUGUGACCACAUUGCUUCCAUGUGCCACAUGGCAUUGGGAGACUCUGACUUUAGGUGGAAAUUAUGUAUAUGGUAUUUUUUGAAGGGGGGGGGAGGAAACAGAGUCGUAGGGGAAACAGAUUUUUUUUUUUCUGGGAAAAAUCACUUGCUUUUUGCAUUAUGCGGUUAUUGUAAUAUACAGUGAUUACUGUGUAUUUUUCAAGCUGUGAUACAGCAGCUUUAUUACUGUCACAGAAAAAUAAAUGGUACCAGAAGUCUC